AUGGCCGCAACUGACUCAAUUCCGACUCUCAAGGUGUUAAUUACGAUGCAUCCGGGAAUGAACACCUUGGACUUUGCCGGACCCCUCGAAGCCCUCAGUGAGGCUGUACAUGACAAGAGUGAUAGAGCUACCAAAGCUUUCGAGAUUCAAUUCGUCUCUGCGACCGAGUUCACCACCACUGGUCAAGGUGCUGGCCUUCGUGCCCAUAUGGACUUCAAGGAAGCUUAUGCUCGUCUCAAGGAGUUUGACGUCCUUAUAAUCCCAGGUGGUGGAGUCGAUCCUCUUUUGAAAGAAAAGGCGGAGCCAUUGGGGCUGAUCAAAGCAUACUCCGACUUGCAAAAGAAGGACCCAAAGAAAGAACGCACAUUGAUGUCCGUCUGUACCGGAUCUCUCCUGCUUGCUCAACAAGGACUCCUCAGUGGGUUGUCGGCCACCACACACCCAGAUUACUAUGCAAAAUUCGAGAAGCUGUGCUCCGAGGUUGCACAAAGAGACUUGGCAGAGAGAACCGAUGUGGUUGAGGAGAGAUACGUGGUCAACAACUUGCGUUUUGAUCUCGAGGACGAGGCACAGACCCCGUAUGUUCGACGCAAGUCUGAUGCGAAGCCACCAACUAUGAAGCGCAAGGGAAGUAAUGCUUGGAAGGAAAGCAACACGCGACGCGAGAGUACUAUUCGAAGAGCUGCUCUCCGACUUGGAGGGUUGAGAGUUAUAACCAGUGGUGGAGUCUCGGCAGGUAUUGACGCGGCCUUGUAUCUCGUUAGUGUGAUGGUCAACGAAGACGUCGCUAACGAGUCGGCUCGUGUUAUGCAACAUACCUGGCAAAAGGGUAUUGUUGUUGAUGGAAUUGACAUCUAA